AUGAUGGCAUGUACAGAGAUGCUGACAAUGUGUUUGCUCUCUGCCAAACAUGCUUACCGCAUGAAAGCCACAGAGACCCCGCAGCACUAUGACAAGGGAUUAGCAAUUUUUCACGAUAUUUUUCGAAGAGCUGACAAGAACGAUGAUGGGAAGCUGUCAUUUGAAGAGUUUAAGAACUGUUGUGCUGAUGGCAUCCUCAACUCUGAGGAAUUGUGGAAACUGUUCAAUGAUAUUGACAGGCAUCAUUCAGGCAAUUUAGAGACGGAAAAGUUGUGUGAUUAUUUCACAGAACAUCUUGGAGAAUACAGAAAUGUUUUGUCUGCCCUGGAGCAACUCAACAUCGCUGUCUUAUCAGCUAUGGAUAAAACCAAACUGGCCUAUGAGAGUUCCUCCAAGAUGGAACAGUUUGUGACCCGUUUCCUUCUGAGGGAAACGAUGAACCAGAUACAGUCGCUGCAAGUCUCCCUGGAGUGUGCUGCAGAUACUAUUGAAGAACAGAGUGGCCGGGAAAGGUAUGUUAUGCUUCUUAGGAAUAAUAUGAACAAAUCAGAAACUUCAAUUGGUCAACACGCUACAAAAAGAUGUGCUCGAAGAAUUCAGAAGAACAUCUGCUAUUCCCCUACAGAUCCAUAUUCUGGGAUGCUGACCAAAGGUGUUUGUGUGGAAACUGAUAACCAAUGGCCAUCUGAAAUUACCCAGCUUCAACAACUCAUCAGCAAACUGGAAUGUAAGAAUCCAAGGCUGGAACCUCUGAAAUAUAAUAUGGUCUGCAAAGGAACAGAUUCCCACAUCUUGGUGGCACAGAGACAAAUCUCGGUGGCAGAAAGUGGAUUAGUGGCAUUUUGCCAAAUUCUUCAAACCUACACAGAAACUACAGCUGGACAGAGCAGUUGCCUACACGUGUCUGCCCAUAAACUGGCAAGUGAUACUUCCUUCAUCCUCUAUGAAUUAUGGCAAGAUGUAGCAUCUUGGAGAAGCCAUCUACAGUCAGAUAAUAGUAAGAAGUUCCAGCAUGCCAUUACUGAUGUUUUGGAUGCUCCAGAGCUCUUGACUACUAUGCUGUUCCCAGCUUCUUGGUGGAUUAUGAAUAACAACUGA